GCUGGUGUGAAUAUUAUAACGUUUAUUUAGAUUUUUUAUUUUGAAUAAUCUAUAUUUAAAGGUCUGGGUUAGCUAAAGUUGUUCUGGUAACGGCACUCUAUUGUACAUCUGGAUGAUCUGAUCUCUCAGAUUAACGGUCAUUUGGUUGAUCCAGGAUUGUUGUGAACAGCUGGAUAGGAUCAGACGAUUCUCACCUAAAUGCUUCGGUAUGGAUCCGACAGCUUCAGGAGUCUUCUGCAGCAAGAUGCUAAGCAUGGUCAACUCCGAGGAUGUAAACGCCAUCAUUCAGGCCCAGAGGCACAUGUUGGACCGCUUUGAGAAGACCAACGAGAUGCUGAUUAACUUCAAUGGCUUGUCUAAUGUACGGCUGCAGCAGAUGAAUGACCGCUUUUUGCUCCACACCCGCACUUUAACUGAAAUGAAGAAGGAUCUAGACAGUGUUUUUCGUCGAAUAAGAACAUUAAAAGGAAAGAUAGCGAAGCAGUAUCCCGAGGCGUUUAGCAACAUUCGAGAGGCUUCUAGUUUGGAGGAGGAUGAUGAUGAGUUCGAUCCUGUACCUCCCAGUGUCGCCACCACCACAGCCACGUCUGAACAGAGUACAGAGUCCUGUGACACGAGCCCUGAUGUUAUAUCACCCACCGUCAGCCACUGUUCAGAGGAGCUUUCCCAGGGAAAUCCUGACACUCCUAGAUCAAACAGCCCAGACAGGGCGGUGAUGCUGGACGAGGGACCAGAUUCAGCUGAAAUCUAAAAUACUGUGGACACUUUGCUGAAUAUUUGGAGUUGCUUUGUGUUUGGUAUUUAAUAAGCUGUGUGUGUGUGUGUGUGUGAAGGAGAGAGAGAGAGUGUGUGUGUAAAAAGCAGCAGUAGUAACUGAAGGUGACUUGACGUGUGGUAUUGCCAUCCUAAAUCUUGAUUAAUUUGGAUUCAUCAGUUCUAAUCUCGUAACAAGUUCCAGACUCUAUCCUGACCUAAAUUGGCAGUUAUUUAUACCUAGUAGACCUCAUAGUUGAUAUCAAUGUUAUGAUUAUUAUUAUUUUUUAUUUUAGGUUUUAUUUCUUUAUUAUUAUUAUUAUGUUUUAUUAUUGCAAAUUAUGAGGUUCACCCCAAGAUUAAAAUAGUACUUUGCUGCUUUCUGCUUUUAAUUGUUUUAAUGAUCUGUUUGACUGCAGAUAUGAUUGGGAAUGGUCAGCAGAUUGUAGCAUCUAUUAAAACUUAACAGUGAAA